AUUCAACAGGCUCCAUAUUUCAUUUCGCCACUUCGUAAUGGUGACCGAUUUGUUGUUUAUUGCAUGUUGGAAAAAAGCAUAGAACCAUGUAAAGUUAUCACUUUAAAUGGCUCUAUGAAACUUGAUAUUUCUUUGGAUCCUGCUACUUUACAAGGUUCGAAGAUUCAUAAAUUAGCGGCAAGGAAACUUAUUCAAGAUCUCGAGAAUGGAGAGUCAUUUCUUCAUAGGCAUCCUAAAAAUGUUGGUAAACAUAUUAUAAAUUCAUUAACUAAAGAAUAUAUUGUUAAUCUUGUUAGGACUUUUAACUUAGUUUCAAAGCAUACUGGCUUUAUCGCAAUUGACAAUAAAGUUUUAUCCGGAACUCAAAUAAUUUCACAAAAAAGAGAAGUUACUCACUCAUCCGUAAAUUCAGAAUCGAAAAUCGAAGACUUAUUUGAAUUUUUGGGAUUGCAAUCAUUUGAUGGUUUAUUCUUACCAACUAAAUCAUUUUAUGAUUUUUUUAUUAAAAAGAAAUUAAAUGAUUUCGCUAAAUUAAAGCGAGAAAUUGAAAAGGAAAUCGGGGAGGUUAAAGAAAUUGAAGAAAUAUUAAAUACUAGCAUUGCUAUAGCUUAUCUGGAAGUUGCCAUGUUUGAAAAUUUUAAGGAUGAGUGUAAGAUGUGUCAUGAAAAAGCUGUAAAUGCUUUGAAGAAAAUUGUGGGAGAAGAGAAAGAAAAAAUUAUCCUUGGGAAAGCCAAAGAGUGGAUUAAAUUUCGGUUAAAUGACGGUGUUGGAUGGGUGUGUCGUAUAACUAGGUUUAUGCCCGUGGCUAUCUGCGGCUUAUUUAUCAUUGGCCUUCUUCUCAGGCGAGGCGUUAAACAAGCAACAUUCAUUACAAGUUUGAAAAAUCCCGGAAGAGGCUAA